AUGUCCAGCUUGGCUGAAGUUCAAAAGACCUUCUUGUCUGCGCCGAAGUACGCGGUCGUCGGUGCUUCCAAGGAUCAGACCAAGUUCGGAACCAAGGUCUUGAAGUGGUACCAGGCAAGGGAGAAGGACGUUACUCCCGUGCACCCAACAAUCCGAUUCUCAUCGGACGUGCAGAAGGAGGACGAACUCGAGGGUGUGAAGACUGUCCGCUCUAUCAGCGAUCUGCCUUCCCCAACUGAGACGUCUAUCAGCAUCAUCACUCCCCCGAAGAUUACGCUUGGGGUCCUCGAGCAAGCGAAGGCACUCAACGUGCCGGCACUAUGGCUACAGCCUGGGGCCGAGGACGAGGCCGUGGUGAAUUACAUCAGGGAGAACGGUCUUGAGAGUAAAGUCAUCUACGGCGGGCCCUGCAUUCUUGUACAAGGAGACGGUAUCCUCAAGAGCUUGUUGUAA